AUGGAGCUACCUACUGAUCGAAUGAGGCUGAAAGACAAGAUUAUCGAUAACAUUUCUAAGGCAAUCAAAUCGAUUCAAGAACUAGUGUACUAUCAUUCCAAGGAUCCAGUCAUGGCAGACUCACUGGUGACCUUAUACAAUGGAGAUUGGCAGUGUCACAAAUUAUGUGAAAAUCUCGAUCAUGCUCUCCUGCAUGGGCUGAAGCAAGUGGCUCAUGGAUACUGGCGAGUGGUCAAGGAGCUGUCACACAAAGAGAUGGUCAAGGAAAUUGAUGUACUGACUAAUGUUACCACAGAUCUGGGCAGAGGGCGAGCAUGGCUGUAUGCAUCUUUGAAUGAAGGACUUCUGGAGAGCUACAUAAGACUGCUGUGUAAUCAUGAUAAGCUGCUGAGGAAGUUUUAUGCCAAGGAGGCAUUGCUACUUGAUGAAGAUAGGAUGAAUAUUCUACUGACGCACACCUCAGGCUUAGAGAUUGUACAGUUUCAGUUGGAAUAUGAUGUACCAUAUCUUGAUCUGAAUGCUUACCCACCACGCAUCCGUAGCAAUUCGGAAACAGAAGAUCAAGUACAAUCAACUACACCCCAGUCUUACCAGAAUCACUCAAGCAGUUUUCAUUCAAGACCAAAGAUCUGUGCCAGCCCUACAGAGUCUUCCAGUCACCCAGCAAGUGAUUCAGACUCAGCCAGCGUGACCAGUCUAGAUGCUCAUUCUCAGUCAGAGAUAGUCAGUCACAUGAAAGCCAGCACAAUCUCCUCUGACUCAGGCUGUCCUGGGGAUGGUGCUUCCCCAGAAGAUGCCAAGCAACUCAGCCUCACUUCUGCAGAAAAUGUCAUAAGCAUCAGAGAAAGAGCUGGAUUCUCUGCUGAUAGUGUCUCUCUCUCAUCUGUCGGUUCCUCAGGAGAUCUAGACAGACACAAGAGACUUGCAGACAUUGUCCCUGGAGAAGAGGAAGAGUGUGGAAGCGAUUCGUUGGAAGUUAUCCGUGUCAGAAGCAAAAAGAACAACAGCCAGAAACCUAAAAAGAAGAAACAGUUGCCGACUCAAAAGAAUGAUCAGGACAGGAGUAGUAAAUCUUUGUUAAAUGAUUUAACACAAAGUAACAGGAAUUCUAUUUCUCACUUCACCAAUGGGCUUCAGAUGAAGCUAGCUUCGGCAGAUGGAAAGAAAACCAAUAGCUUUGUUGGGCAUGAGACUGCCAGAGUCAAAGUUGAAGAUAAUGGCUUAUCUCACAGCCACAGUAAUCGUGACAAAACUGUGAAUCAUACUUCAGGUCAAGGACACUAUUAUGAAUCUUUAGAAUCCAAUACAGUUUCAAUUCCAAAGCUAGACUCAGGAAUUGAUAUUUGUGAUUUGGCUACAUCUGGGGAUACAUCUUCAGCCUCAGGCAUUCGUAAAGCAGAUAUCGGUGCUCAGAUGUCAUCCGAGUCUCUGGCCUCUAACCCAAAACUGCCUUCGCUAUCUCCACAUCAUUCAGUAAGCAUUGAAAAAUCAGUUCAGGAACAGAUUGAAAGUAAAAUAGCUGCACUUUACACCGGGGAUAUGUCUAGUCAUAAAGCUAAUACUGCAGGCAGUAGAAAUUAUGUCCAAACGGAACCAGAUUUCCCAGAUGACUCACUAGACUCAAAAACAGACAACGUAAACAACACAAUACAGCAUUCUCCUUUGGCUGUGAAAUAUUCAGCUCAUGAGCAAAGCUCCCAAGGAAUAACUGAAACUACCACACUGACACAUUCUAGUCACAACAUGCAGGUGUAUAACCCUGGAGUGAUAGUUGAGAUGGAAGAACAAAUGAACAAGCAAGAAGACAAAGAUUCUAGUCGAGAAGCUGAUGAUUCAUUUGAUGUGUACUCCAGCAGCAGAGACGUGACCUCAAAACCUGCUCUAGAAGCGAUAAGAAAGUCCAGUGUCCAGUCAGCAGUGCAGCUAAAGGACUACAUGGAUUACAUCCUGACGAGCGAGUCAGCAGCGGUGGAAAGCAAAGAUAAACAAGAGGUUAUAGACACAGGCACUGGUCUUUCAAUAAAUUUAGACAACAACACCAAACUACAGCUAAUGUUGGAUAUAUUCACCCAUGAAGAUGAGAAGUUAUUGAAGAUGUUUGUGACUCGGGAGAACCAUACUGAAGGAGGGUCUGGUGUAGUGUUUGUUCUCAUCUCUGACCUGUGCCUGUACCUGCUUCACUACCGCCAGGCUAGCAAGAAGUUUGCCCUGGAGUCCAGCGCCAAGCUUCAGGAUCUUCUCUUCUUAGGGACAGGAAUCAAUGAACAGACACUGAACAUUGAGAGCAAAGGGAGAAACAAUCAGAAGCAGAGGUUCUGGUUAACCACCGGCCAUCAGUCGCUCACACUAUCAAUUGUGGCAUGUUUGACUGAAGCAGUUCGAGCGGCCAGUGAUCAUAUACUCCCAGCAAAAUCCAGAUUCAGUGUUGAGAGUGAAGUCCCUUUACAGACAAUUGCCCUGAGAAAAUACAUUUCCAGAGAACUCCAGUGUGAGGUUCAAGAUGUGACAAUAUCUGAUUAUUCUCUGGUCUUCUGGGAGGAUCCAUCUGCGGCCACCAGUCACUCCCAUGAUGCAGACACGGCUUACAAAGAGGGCACCCUUCUCAUCAGAAGCCAGGAUCCUCUUAAGCCUCCUACGUGGAAACCUGUAUAUGUUGUUCUAAAGAAUUCCAUGCUUUGCGUUUCUAAUAACAAGUCUGACCCUCGACCCCAUUCCUACCUGGGUCUGGGAGGUGAUCAGUGUGUCGGCUGUCGGGCAACCUCCACUGCCGACCGUGAGCAUUGUAUUGAGCUCAUCAUUGCACACGGAGGAAGCUGGUUACUGGCAGCGGCUUCUCAAGCAGAGAUCUCUGAAUGGAGGCAUGCGCUCUGCCUGGCAGUGUCUCAGGGAACAGUGGACAACAACACACUGAUGUCUUGUGUGCCCUGCUGUUCUGUGUUGUCCUGUAACCAACUGUUUCUGUGCCAUGAAGACCUGCACACCAAGUUUUAUCGCACUCUGGGCAGGGCCCAGCUGGAGGAUGUGACAGGCAUUGAAGUUGAUUAUGUGGACCCAUCCUACUGUAUUAUUGAGUUUGAGUCCCAGGAGGCAGGAGUAACCAGUAACCAGUGGGUGCUUUAUUUCUCCUCUGCUGAAGAUUUAAAACGAUACAAGACAGCUGUAGGUUCAGCUUGGAGGGACAUUUAUCAGAUUGAACUUCCUGUCUCACCAAUAAACAGUGUUGCUCUACGUCGCCAUUGCUCUGUGUUUGCAGACCAGCUGAGACAACAACUAACUCUAAAGUGA